AUUUUGCGUGCGACGUUUAAAAAUCAGAUGUUUGUGUUAUCAUCACCAAUUUUAUAAAAAUAUGCCAACAAAACUUAGUUUAACGUGUUUUAAUAGUCUGUAUUAAAUUAAUUUGGUCAUAUUUUAUUUCCAUUAACGUAGAUAUGUGUAGUCGCCCCCAGUACUAACUCCUAGAGAUAUGUUCAAGUUAGAAUCAUAUAUCACUCCAAUUUUGCUCAGUUACGUUAAUAAAUAUGUAACUAAUUUCAGAACGGAAGACUCCCAGGUAUCAUUUUGGGGCGGUGACGCAGUUUUUAAUAAUUUAGAAUUAAAUUUGCAAGUUUUAGAAGAAGAACUUCACUUACCUUUUAGUUUUGUUUCUGGUAGCAUUAGGGAACUUCUAAUACAUGUACCAUGGACAAAGUUAGCUUCAGAACCAAUUACAAUUACUAUAAAUACAAUAGAAUGUAUUUUCAAUUUAAGAGGAGACGAAGAUAAGGGAAGGCCAGAGAAUACAGAAUCAGAAAAACCUCAUAGAGACAGUAAAGAAAUAGAGGCUCCACAAGGUUAUGUACAAUUACUAAUAAAUAAAAUUGUAAGCAAUAUUUGCAUUUAUUGUAAUAAUUUGAUUUUAAAAUAUGUUGAAGAAGACAUAGUAUUAUCUAUGAAUGUGAAACAUUUAAAGUUUGAAUCAGCAGAUGACAAAUGGGAACCAGCUUAUAUAGAUAUAUCUCCUGCAGAAGUUAUAUUAAGAAAAGUGAUAACUAUUAAUGAUUUAACAUUAUGUUUGGAUAAACGAAAUGCUUCUGGUAAAAUUGAAAUUUAUAUGGAACCUAUGCUUUACAAGUGUUCAAUGACUAUGCAUUUAUUCAAAACUUAUCACUCUGCACAUUCAGGUAGAGCAUCUAUUACAAGAUUUGACAUAUACUGCAAUAACAUGGAGUUUAGUAUGACGGAACAACAAGUCCCUAUGUUCAUGAGACUUUUGAUGCUAAUAUACGCUUUAAAACAAAAACAGAUAGGAACUGAAAAUAUUCCCUCAGAUGACGCAUCUGUUACUUCACGUGAACCCAGAGGCAAUGAAGCUGGCCAAGAUUCAUGGGGUAGUUGGGCUUGGUCAUAUGUAUCUUCUGUUUUACCAGCACCUUGGGACGAUGAACUGCAAUUUGAUGAAGUUGAGGGCUUUGAGGGACACAUUGUACAUUUUGGAACCUUUAUUGACAAUCUAUCUAUUACUUUUAAGGUAUCUGAGACAAGUGUGGAUCGCAGUGUUUAUUACAGUAACCCAAAAAAAAUGCGUUAUAAUCCUAUGAUUUGUUUGCAAUUACAAGGAAUAUAUUGCGAAACCAUAAUACAUGGUUUGAAAUGGCUGAACUCCAUGGGAGGUGUUUGCCAAGCAAUCUUACUUCCAAUGGGACCCUGCAGUUGCUCACAUGCAGAAGUUCCUGAAGGUUCUCAUUCCAUAAAUUAUUUAAAAAUAGGUUCUGAAAGUAAUAGUCAUAAGUCCGAUUCUCUUUUUGAUGCCGAGGCGGUUGAAAAUAAUGGAAAACGAAGACAAUAUAACACUUCUUGGGAUUACCAUAUGACUGUUUAUACUGAAUCUGUUUUAUUAGAACGUACUCCUGCAUUUGCAUUUGAUUAUUUGUACCAAAUGGAAAUACCGAGUGAUACUUCUAGUGAAGUAUUGUCAGAAUUAGAAAGCGAUUUCGAAUUCAGUAAUUUUCUGGAAAAUGCUAGUAUGAGAAUGUGCAUUGGCCCUUUUAAAUUACGUCUUUGUUCUGGACUUUUUCAUAGACUCGGUUCUGUACAGGCUGCAGCUUCCUAUUACGAUUACCAGCCUUAUGGAGUUCCAAAAAUAGAAAAAUCCCUACAAGAUCUCCAUCCGGCUUCCUCAGAAGAUUUUGAUGCCCUCAAUGAAUUUAUACCUACCAGAAGUAUGAGAAUUACUUUUUUCGCGCCUAUUAUUGAACUUGAACUCAUGGACCAUCCUUACUUUCAACCUACUAAGGAUAUGCUUUUUAAAAGACGAAAGAAAAUUGUAUUAUCGAAGCCAUCUCAGAGGUCAAAAUUAUCUCCAUUGCCGAAACUCACGGUGGAAUGCCAAUUUCUCGAUAUAAGCUCUACUUCGCCAAUGUAUGUUAACCGUUUAGUACACACUACUUGUCAACUGCCAGAUCCACCGGCGAAACUAUUCGAUGCAUGUUUCGCUCGCCAAAAUAUUAAAGUAGUGGGACUGUCCAGCCGGUUGAUUCUCAAUGCACAAGAACAUACCACAAUAAUAACACCAUCUAGUUUGUCUUUCACCACUAAGAGCAUUGCAAAGCCAGAAUUUUGGAUUCAUCCGGAUAUUUCCCAUACGGAGCAGACUUUUGAAUCUGAGACUAUUACUUUGAAUGGGACUAAUGCUAAAAUGAUGGUUGUGUCUUUAAUUUUGGAUAAAAUGCUGAAAAUGGACGCAGAAGGAGCUGUCAAGAUCAUAAAUUGUUCUUCAAUUUUGUCUGAUGCUUCAAAGGAUAAUAAUUUGGCAUUUAUGGAACUUUGUAUUGAGAUGAUUCGCUUUAAAAGUGUAAAAACGAAAACAACCAUGUCUAUUGACAUGAGUUUAGGUUCUAUCAAAGGAUUCAUAUUUGAACCUAUUAAACAAAAAUCAGGCACAAAUCUACCGAAUGAUAUUCAACAAAUUUUGUUUAUCUCUGGUCCAGAUCCCAAACCAUCAGAUUUAACGAAAUCAGGGAAAACGGAAAACUCACCAAUACUAAAAGAUCCUAAUGAACCACUUUUUACUGCUACACUUCAAUUUCCCCUUACUCCUGAAAGUCAAAAUCAUCCACCAAUUUUGUUGUUCAAUAUUCAAGAAAUUAGAAUUUGUAUAGAUCCAAUGCUGUGUCGAUGGUUGCUGUACAGUCCGAAACAAUAUCGCACUAAAAUCACUACAGACAACGCGGCAAAGACUAUAUCAGAUGCCAGUGGAAGUCUCUCAGAAACACAACGCAAAUUAAGUAGCCAACUAGAAUCGGUACAUAGUAGUUCUGAUCGAGAUCCCCAAAAUAUUCCUCGAAAAGUCGAAGCAACAAGACAGGAAACUGUCGAUUUACAAGAGAAGAUCUAUAAUUUGUUGAAGAAAUGGUUUCAUGUUUGGAAAGGCAUGUUUAUUUGCGGGGAUGUAUCUCAGUGCACUAUCUACUUUCCUCUAGUGUCACUAUCUGCAAUUGGUUCACAAGGUAUCCAGGAAGCGGUAGAAUCAGCUGUGAAUAAGGAACACCCCCCGGACAUCAUGAUCAUAGUUCUGCCCUUCUCAAAUAUUCGUAGCGCGCACCGACACAGUAUAAAAAAAUACCUAAAAAAUCUUCCUGUCACAUUACCCAGCGCAAUAUGGUCUCCAGAUAAAUCUAGUUUUCCCUGGACCAUAUCGAUAUCCGAAUUGAGUUGCUAUACUAUCCAGUUCGGGAAUAAGUUGAUUUUCUUAAAGCCAGUUUCAUUAAGCGCCACUGUAGGGCUUUCAACUAAACCUAAUAGUGAUACUUCAGUUGACCCGAAUAAAUCUGAUAUAGGCUCUUUAGGAAUUUAUAUUCAUAUAGAUAUGACUCCGAUUCUUAUAUCUACUUCAGAAGUACAAGUUUACUUAUUUGCUAGUAUUUUAUAUGGAUUAAUGGAGGUCGCUAAAAAUAUAGCGCCAGAGCAGACUAGUGAAUCACUUAAAACACCGGAAGUUGUUCCUAUGAUAGCCAAACAUAAUUCUAACAUGUCAGGUCCUGAACAUGUUAUAAGAGAAAAAUCAAUAGAUUCUAUCAGUGAACAUACGCCACCUGUCAAUUUGUUAAGUAAAGAAAACGUGGUUGAUGAUAAUAUAAAAUUGACAGCUUGGGUGCAAUGGACUAUUACUCGAUUUACCUUAGACUUGCUAUCAAACAAGAAUAGUUUAAGAGAUGACACUGAAUCAUUGCAGCCUAGAUUGAAACUUGUAGUUGAUGCUGAAGAUAUUGUGAGUUCUUUGGACUUUCAAAGUGUUUAUCUGAAGAUUAAAAGUAAAAUAGGAUCUGUGUCGAUUAUGCAUUACAAAAGAUCAACACCAAAUUCAAAUUGGAAUCCAGGUGCAUUUUCUGGUAUAGUCAUGAGACUCAGAGAAGACGUCGUUACUAGCGAACGACAUGAAGAUAGUGGUUUUAUAAGUGUAACUAUAACGCGAGCUAGUUGUCAACAUACCCACACUUUGUGGGGUGCGGUCCAGAAGAGGUACAAUACAGAACCGAAACGAAACACCGCUGUGAAUCCCCAGUUGUUGUCUCAAUCGAGAUAUAUCACAGAGAUUGUUAUUAAUAUACAACCGAUAGAUUUUGUAAUAUCGCUGAAUACUCUACGAAGUUUCUAUCAAGUUUUGGUGCCAUUUAUUCAAAUUCCAGUCAACAAAUCAGGACCGAAAACAUCAAAUGAUGCCUCUUCUUUCAUGACUUUGAAUAAUCAAAAUAUGCCGCUGGCAUAUUUGGAAUGUCAGGAUAUCAGGAUGAUAAUUCCUUCAGUUGAUCUAGUUGACAGUCUUUAUCUACAGGACGCGAUCGUUUUUCAAAUUAGUAGAAUUAGUUUAACUCCUUCCGCUGUUAAUCCAAUUUGCAGGACGCCAUUGAGGCCUGACAUUUAUGAACAAGCUGCACAUUCUAGAAUUUUGAAUAUUCCAGGAAGCGAUGUUGAAGACAGACAAUAUGAGCUUAAUAUUCUAGGAAUCUCUAUCUGUACAAGCAUAUGGGAUGAUGCCCACGCCAUUUUUAGUGAUGACUUAAGCACUAGAUCGACUUUCAAGAGUGUAAGUGAAAAUCCAGCCCUCGAAUGGAAUAGUAUAGAACAAGGGCAGCCGCAAACUGAUCAACAAAUGUUACACCUAUGGCACAUCGGCGAAAAAUUCGAUAUAUCGGUAGUAUUGGCACCUGCAAUGGUUUAUAAGGAAAUGACCGUCAUUUGCGGACAUUCUAUAGAAAUAAAUUUCGUUAGUGACAUUAUAAUAAAUCUAUCAUUACAACAAAUUAGACUUCUAUCAUGCCUUUUAAUGGAACUUGAGGCUUUGGUGGAACCAUUGCAGCUUGAUGAUGAACUACGACCGAAAAUAACGUUGCCGUACUCAAAGUCUGAAGAUAUAAAUUACGAGAUUGACGAAAACGAAAUAAAUGAUAUUUGCAAAGAUUCUGGCAUUGAUACUUCAGACGUGAAAAGCAUAAUUUCUUCGAAAAGGGAUAAAAUCCUAAUAGAAAGCGAAAAAUAUCCCUAUCAAAAUAAAUCUCUUCCUCUGCAUAUUAGUCAUAACAAUAUUCCACUCGAGAUGCUUGUAACAGCCGGUAAAAUCAAUUUCGGAAUUUACCAAGUUGAUGUGGAAGAUUUUAAUAGACAAUGGUGGCGUAGAAGGUCGACUAAGAAAUCGCUAACAGGGUUCAGAAGAAAUAGUGUUAGUAGUGCUGCAUUUAGUUAUGAUAUAGGGUAUGAUGCUGAAGAGGAAGACAUGGACGAUAGUGAAGGGAAAAAAUUACUGCCGCUGAUAUUUAUUUCUAUCCGUCAACCAAACGUAUAUAUGUCAAAGCAGAGUCUAGCCAGAAAAAUCCAGAUAACUUGCUUCGACUUAAAAUUUAAAGUAGGUGUCACAGAACAUCAACCUAUUGGUGAUAUACCUUAUGAAGAUGAUUAUGAAGUGUGUCUCUUAGAUACAAGAAGUGGAUAUCCGGCAUCUAAUACAGGCAUCUUUCCAGCAUUUUUCACUCUUAAAUAUGAUAAAGGAUUAACAAAAAGCGCUACUUUGGACAUUGAAAUUGCAAAACCCACCAAGAUUGUAUUUUCUGCCUCCAUAUGGGCUUUUCUAUUAUCAGUUAGAGAUAAGAUCAUAGAUAAUACUAAAGGAAUGGGAAAGAAUCAAACAGUAACGACGGAAAGUCUUGAAAGAAUAGAUUUUUCUGUUAGUUCACAGAAAGCCUCGUAUUGUAAACCAUCAUCUAGAAAAACAAGUGUUUAUGAUGAUUACAGCAACUUUAUAAAAAUUAAGAAUACGUUGAAAGGUAUCAAUAUUAUCAACGCUAAAUUUGAUCAAGUUGUUUUAUGUGUUACAUCUGAUAUUGUGAAUAACGAGAUUCAAAUUAGCAUGGAAAACGUUUUAAGUAACUUUGCUUUUACCACCCGACCAGAAAAACUUUCCAUAAAAACAAAUUUCAAAUGUCUAACACUAACCGUUGUCGACAGAAAGUACAGGAAACUUCUCUUAAACCCUUGGACCUUAUCAAUUGACAUUUCGCUUUUUUGGGAAUCUUGGCAGAGUCUCGAAAACGAUCCCCAGGUUCAAAUAAUCGUUGACAGUGGUCCCCUAGUGAUUGAUAUCAGCCCCGAACAACUAAAAUGUUUGGAUGUAGUUAUUAAUGAGAUACAUGAAUUUAAUUCAUCUAGUAAUGAUGAAGAAUUAGAAGAGUCUGUUUCAUCAACAGAAAGUUUAGGAAGAAAAUUUUCUGAUAAAGAACAGCACUACAAGGAUGAUUUGAGAGCGGGCGCUUUUCAAUUUGUUGAUGCUGCUUCCGAGAAUGCUGAUGAGUUGCCUUUACCUUACCAGGUUAUGUUUUGGAACAAAAACAUAUCUGCGAUGGCUUGGCGUUAUCCACAACCUAGAGCUUUGACCAAAGUCCGAGUAUUUCCAGUACCUUAUAAGAUAACGCUGGGUUCUCAUCAACAGGACGAAUUACAAGUUUUGUGCCAUUUGGAGUACUGGUCUGAUUGUAGAAAUUGUUAUUUGCCAUUUACUCAGUUCUAUAUGUCAGAAAGUGAAGUGUGUCAUUUAAAGUUGCCAAGUGCUAACCCUCAACCUACAGUGGCUUCCUCUUGGAGAGUGGUGAUUACUAUGAUAAACAACGCCGGAGGCCCUACAUCAUGUUCGUGUCCAAAUCCAACCAGUCAGAUAUCUCCGAGAGCCUUAGCAGCUUGUAUGAGAAUCGAUUCGUACUUCAACAGAAGUCUUAUUCCUAGCAUAACUGCCGCUCUUUACAUAUCCAAAAUUGACGUUUCCUUAUUCAACUAUUUUGAGAGAAAUUGCGAUUUUAAAAAACCAGUCUAUUUAAAAAAUUACCAUACGGACUAUGUAUUUCCAGAAAAUCAAAAAUUUUUAAAACUAUCUCUAUACAACAUUAGUGCUUAUCUACUGGGUUGGUAUCUAGAUGUCUUUUCGACAGAAAUAAAUACAUCAAUUAAAUGUAACGUAUUAGAUUACAAUUUUUUGACUCAGCAACCAUUGAUAGAACCUUUUACUUGUAAACUUGAAAUUAAUUUUUCUGAUCAUUUGGAUUGCAACUUGAUUUCUAAGCCGAUACAAAUGAAAUUCGGUCCUAAUAUCGCUCACACUUUGGCCGUGGCCGCUCAAGUUUGGGAUCAAGCUUAUCAAGACUGCGACGAUCAAGAAAAGGAUUUUAUAGUAAUGACUAGAUUGAUAAUUUGCAAUAAUACUAGUACUAUUUUGAGGUUUGGACAGUACCAAACAGAUGAGGAGAUCGAAUUACGUUAUAGGCAUUUUCAUUUAUAUAGUUGGAGAUCUCAGAAGAAAAAGCAACAGUUGAAAAUAGCUGUGGAGCAGCUGAAUAAUUUUGAAUGGUCGGAGCCUUUUACAGUUUUUGAGGAUGGUAUGGAAGUGAUUGAAUUUAAAACAGACAGUCAAAUUUCGGUAUUUGUAUCAGUAAAAUCUUUGUCAGCCACUCAGAAGAUGAUCACCAUUUUUGGUCAGUUGAUUGUAGCCAAUAUGUUGAUGGAACAUUUUGAAAUGAAAGUAGUAGAAGCGGUUAAAGAAAAUAAGGAAGCGGAAUUUAGAAAUACUCCCACAGAGUUUAUCUCGUCUUAUAAUUCGACUCCGUCAAUUUUUCUUAAUAAUGAAAAAGAAUAUCAUUUGAGGUUGAGGUUUUAUGGAUUGGAUUCAGCUUGGACUGGAGAUAUUCCUUUGAAGGCUCAUUAUACCGGCUCCCAGCCUUGGUUAGUGAAAGUACCUUUACAAGAACGAGGUCAAUUUUUAAGUAUCUGGUGUCGUAUUGUCACACAAGAAGUUGAUGAAACCAAACGAAUAUUAGCUAUUCUAUGGCCGUUAUUUACUGUCAGAUCAAAUUUGCCAAUAAGUUCUAAUGUUCACAUCGAAACACCCACUUUGAACGUCCAUUUAGAUUCGACUGUAGAAGGUAGAGGGCGCAUACAGCAACUUUAUUGUCCUGGAACAAUUGACCAUUCUCAUCAGCUUACGUUCAAAAUAGAUAAUCAAACUUCAACUUCAGACCCCUACAUACCCUUAAACUACAGUCUCGUGGACCAACCAACGUUUUUUAAGAAAUCUGAAAAUGGGGAUAUUGAAGAAAAUUUGUCAGUACUGGAUAAAUUUUCCGAGGUAACGUGGCCAUUUUUCGGAGACGAAUUGGAUGAUAUUGAGUGGGUAGUGGACGAUCAACCUUUAACUCACGUUCAGGUUAGAUAUCAAAACGCAUGUCCAAAUUCAUGCUCGUUGUUAGUGGAGCUACUGCCAUGGUGUUUAACUGCAAAUACUUUAGGUGUUCCGAUAUCUUUAAUGCUGAAUGGUACAGAAUUGUGCAGGAUACCUCAUCAUGGAAUAGUGGCACCACCUAAGUUAGAAGAAACUUUCAAUUUAGGCGUCUCUAUGGGAGGUUCAUGGUACUACUCGGAACCGUUACAGUUGGCCAAAUCGGAUUGGAGCCAAGCUUUCUAUAUGCCGACAAUUUCUGGUACGCUUCCCAUUGAUGGGGCUAUUAAAACUGCUAUUAAAUGUGAUUCUCAUAUUUGUAGUGUAUCCAUAUUAAGUUCUGUUGCAAACGAAAUCAGGCUCUUAAAAGUAUCAUCUACUCAUGUUUUAACAAAUCAAGUAUCAACACAGUUACAAGUAUUGUGUUUGGCAGUGCCUGAAGGAGAUAGUAAAUUUGAUUUUCCUUUAAAUGGAGAACGGUAUAGUUUCACGGUGGCCCCUUGUUUGGAUAAAAGCCAAUGCGGUGUCUCUAUAAUCAGUUGGUACACUUUAGUAAAUUCGGCAGAGUUCACAACAGAAUACGCAUUAUAUUUUUGUUUCUGUACUGAUGCAAAUUUGGGAUGGUCGUGUCCAAUAAGAGUUGACAAACCGUUUUUGAAAAAAGCAUUUUGUAUAACUGCGGAACCCCAUCCGCUCGCCGUAGUGCUGACCUGUCAAGAACACAAAGGACAAUUGUUUCUGUCUUUGCUCUAUGAUAGUUAUCCACAAUUAUUAAUAUAUAAUAAUACAGAUUCAUCAAUAUUGUGUGGCCAAUCAGUACAAGAUGGAGUUGCGGAUGAGUCUGCACACUUUAACUGGCACUGUAAAAUCCGUAGUAAACAUAAAAAGUAUUAUAACAUGCCAUUGUUAGGCGAGAAAUUCCCUGAAUUACCGCAGUACCAUUUUCCAGAACAAUUAUCUCUGUCACGUGAUCCAGGUACUAUUAGUCAUUGUGAGUGGUCGCAAGCUAUUAAUGUAACACAUAACUAUGAACAGUACGUCAAAAUUCCAUCAUAUGGAGAUAUUAAAGUUGUAAUUAUAAACACGGCUUGCACAACAUUUAUAACUUUACAUUCAGCUGGUGAGAUGGAAAUCAGUGCUAGUGAUAUUCGUACAAGAUUGAGCAUGAGAGAGAAUGAUCAACAGAACAGCCAGGGUUUACCAACACCUAAUUUGUCAAUUACUAACCCUGAUGACCUAUCUUCGAUAGCGGAUCAAAAAAAGAGCCCAGCAAAUGCUGAUACCAAUAAAAGACACUCUGCAGCUAUUAAAAACAAUCUCGAUAGGUGUAGUUGUCCUAGUGAUGAAAAUUUGCCAAAAAGUUUGUCAGAGUCAAACCUCUCGAUGAUGUCGCCUUUAAGGAAAUCGAUGUUGGUUAGCACUCUGCCGAUGAAGGAGCAUUGGACUUGUCUCAAAAUAAAAAUGUUCAUCAAAACUUUUUCUGUGAUAUUUAUUUCUGAUUUAAAAUCGGAAGGAUUGGAAAGAUGGGAAGUUGCUAGUCUUGUCUGUGAUAAUAUUAUCGUGGAUGCCACACAAACUGAUAUCAUGAAAGUUAAGUUUUUAAUAUCAGACAUCCAGUUUGACAAUCAGUUGUAUUCGAGGGAAUCCUACGACUUUCCUGUUCUAUUGAUAGGACAAGAAAUAAAAGAACCCAUUCGAAUGAAUACACUCAACAUUCCAAUAGCUACAUUAAUUGAAAAUGCCAAAGAAAAUGCAUUAUUAAUGGUUGAUUUUACUUUAGAGACUUGGAACGAUAGGGCUAGGUCCACAAACAUCACAGGAAUGAAAUCAAUAAAAAUAGAUAUAAAUCCAAUAUCUCUGUACAUAGAAGAUACAUAUGUUUCAUGUUUAAUGGAAUACUUCAAUGUGUUUGCUCCAACAAAUCUUAUUUUGUGGCAAAAGAAAAGAAACUUGCAAAGACUCCUGGCAUCCUCCAGCUCAGUUCUUGUGCCAGAUUUUAUUCUCUGGCAGUGCGCCAUACUUGCUAGACCUUUAACAAUAAGAAGUUUAAGUAUUUCACCUCUAUUGCUGUCACUGUCAGUUCAUUAUUCUGUAAAAUUGUACAUAGCUUUGGACCAAUCACCUCUGCAAUUUGGAAAAUUAGAGAGAAGAAGACUUUUCACAACACCUUACAGGUUGGGACACGCUUUAACUAUGCACUACCUUUCUGAUGCAAUAUUUGGAGCUGGAUGGGUGGUUAGUUCAUUGGAACUUUUAGGCAGCCCUGGAGGUUUAGCUAGGGCAAUGGGUACUGGCCUAAGAGACUUUGUUAGUCUGCCAUUAAGAGGUUUUAUUAUCGGACCGAUGGCUUUCCUAAGAGGCAUUACUCAAGGCUCUGCAUCUCUUAUGAGGCACGUCACUGCAGGAACGUUACAAUCCGUUACUAAAUUAGCUUCUAGCGUCGCUAGAAAUUUAGACAGGCUAACUUUGGACGAUGAGCACCUUAGAAGAGCUGAGGAACAAAGAAGGCUAAAACCUCAAGGGUUAGCUCAAGGUUUUAUGCAGGGCUUGACAGGUCUUGGGAUUAGUAUGUUGGGUGCAAUAGGAGGCGUAGCACACCAUCCACUACAAUUCAUGAUGACAGAAGGUGUUUCCCCAAUAUCUCUUGUAACUGGAGUGGGUCUUGGACUUGUUGGCAUUGUAACAAAACCUUUAAGUGGCGCUGCAGAACUCGUGGCAUUAACGGGCCAAGGUUUACUGCAAGGAGCAGGUUGGAAUAAUCUACCUGAAGUAAGAUCUCCUCCUUUCGUAGAUAAAGUCCAACAAAACGCCAACUCACGAUUAAAAUACCUUUGGAAAAAUUUACAAACUAUUUCAACUAACUUACUUUAUAUUUGUGAAGCUACUAGUAUAUCUAAUACUUCCCAGUAUGAAGCAGUGGCAUUAAUUCUUACUAGAGGAGUUCUUGUUAUAGUUAACUUAGAUCAAGACGUAACUCAGAAAGUGUUAAGUCUGUCAGAUUUGACAGUAAUUCCUAGUAAUGACCCUACUCUUCUAGUUUUUAAACUGACCCCGCCUUCUGUAGAAGUUAUCAAAAGUGAAGAAGAGUUUGAAGAGAUGGACGCUGAUAGCAGAGCUAGAGUGGCUGACUAUGUUAAGAAUACUUCUGAGUAUAUCAAUCCAGCACCUCCCAUGGAUAGUUCUGAGCAUUCUGAUAUUGAUAUUUCUCCUAUGUCCUCCCCUGGAGCUAAUAAUGACGUUUCGGAGGAAUCAACAGUAUUAACCUAUUAUGUAAACCUUCAAAGUAGAAACUACUUUUUGUGCUUGCUAGCCUUGGCGCAGAAGCACCGCAAAAGUUAUUCUUUUCCUGUUUUGUAAUUUUUUACCAAAAUUAAGUAUUUUGUAUGUAUAUUGUGAUGAAAUAAAUAAUAUUUAUUGUU